AUGUUUUCAGGCUUUGUUUGUCACCGACUUGCGUGCAUUCAUAGAGCAUUUUCUUGCAUUCUUUUGUUUUCUUGCUGCGUUGCAUGUGAAUGAUUCUUCCUCCGCGUCGCGCAGACGUCCUUGGCUUGAAUGCGCUCGUAGUGCGCUGUGUUUUACUUGUCACACAUGCCUCACAGCGUGCUCUCUUAGUUGUUGUAGACGAGGCGGAAAGCCAUUCCCUUCGAGGAGGCCUUCUCGCGAGAAGAUCUUAAGGUAUAGCAGCGAGCAGCGUAACGCAGCCAUGAAGGCAGCCGCACUGCUCCUCCUGUGUUUCAUCCUCUCGUUUCACGCAGCACAGGCUCAGCAGGUUGCGCAGUUCAUCUUCGGCGACUCGCUCGUCGACUCGGGGAACAAUGACUACAUCCUCUCCAUCGCCCGAGCAAACUUCUUCCCGAAUGGCAUCGACACGCAGAACAGAGUCCCGACUGGCCGCUUCUGCAAUGGCUUGCUCAUCGCCGACUUCGUAAGUCAGUUCCUGGGCGCUCAGCCGGUGCUUCCAUUUCUCGAUCCAUCUGCGAGGGGUCGGGACUUGCUGCGAGGAAGUAACUUCGCCUCCGCUGGAGCAGGGAUCGUAGCAGACACUGGAAGCAUCUUUCUCCGACGCAUCACCAUGCCCGAGCAGAUCGGUCUCUUCCAGAGAUACCAGUCGCAAGUUUCGUCCUUGAUCGGUCCCCAAGCAACCGGGAGGCUCAUAGCAAACUCGCUCGUCUCGGUGACUGUGGGUGGCAACGAUUACAUCAACAAUUACCUCUUGCCGGGCUCCGCGCGAAGAGCCCAGCUCAGUCCCUUCCAGUUCAACUCGCUCUUGGUGUCAACUUUGCGCGACCAGUUGCAGCAAAUCUCCAACUUGGGUGCUCGCAAGAUCGUCGUGUCCAACAUGGGCCCGAUCGGUUGCAUCCCCUCGCAAAAGUCCAUGCGUCCCCCGAGCGGGCUGUGCCUCCCGGACCUCCAGCAGUACGCGCAGCACUUCAACUCGCUGCUUCGUCCAAUGCUGUCUCAACUCACGCAGCAGAACCCCGGAUCCGUGUUCCUCUACUCGAACGGCUACGACAUGCUCAUGGACAUCAUGGCAAACGGAGGAUCAUACGGACUAUCAAAUGUGAGGGACGCGUGCUGUGGACAAGGCGCAUUCAAUGGGAAUGCGAUAUGCACUGGAGCGUCGACGCUGUGCGCCGACCGGAGCUCGUUCCUGUGGUGGGAUCCGUAUCACCCAACGGAGGCUGUCAACAAGAUCAUCACGGACCGACUGCUGGACGGGCCCCCGUCGGACAUCAGUCCCAUGAAUCUCAGGCAAGUUCUCAGCUUAUAAGUACCGACAUACAUAUUGGGCUGCUCUCUCUCUCUCUCUCUCUCUCCGUGAUCCUCGUCCAUUGCAAGCAAACUUGCAAACUUUUAGUAUGAACUUCUUUUUUUGGAAGAAAUGAUUUUUUUAUAUAAAGUAUACUUCUGAAAA